AUGAACUUAAAUAUCGGUGAAGAGAGAGAAUCGGAUUCAAAACUUUUAGAUAUUUGUCGACAAGUGAUCAGACAUAGCGUUAAAACAUCGCAUCCAAACUUUUACAAUCAACUCUAUGGCGGAGCCGAACAAUACUCACUUUCUGGCGCUUUCUUAACCGAUGCGCUCAACACUUCUGCGGCUACGUUCGAGAUAUCGCCAGUAUUUUCUGUAAUUGAAAAGUAUUUAAUUAAAUAUUUGGGAGAAUUGGUUGGCUAUGAAUGCUCGCAGAUUGACGGCAUGUUCGCACCGGGAGGUUCCAGCGCUAAUACAUACGCUAUGGUGUUAUCGCGACAAAAAGCUUUCCCUCAAUCCAAACAGAAAGGUAUCCGAGAAUUGGGAGAACUAGUGAUGUUUGCCUCCGAAGACUCUCACUACUCGUUUGUGAAGUCUGCCAUUUGGUUAGGAAUGGGAACGGAAUCUGUAAUCAAAGUGAAGGCCGAUGAAAGGGGACGGAUGUGCGUCAGUGAACUCAGAAACAACAUAUUGUUUGCCAAGAGCGGGGGUAAAGUGCCGUAUAUGGUGUCGGCCACAUCCGGCACAACAGUUUUGGGCGCAUUUGAUCCGUUGCCAGAGAUCGCAGACAUUUGCCAAGAGUUUGGCCUAUGGCUGCACGUGGACGGCGCUCUGGGCGGCGCUUGGCUUAUGUCUAGACAACAUCUGCACCUAUUGUCGGGUGUGAAUCGGGCCGAUUCGGUCACAUGGGAUCUCCAUAAAAUGACAUGCGCUCCGCAACAAUGCACUGUCAUUCUGACCAAACACCCGACUAUUCUCUGUGAGACCAACUCAUUGCGCGCCGAAUAUAUCUUUCAAAGCGACAAAUUCUAUGAC